GGCGGGCCCCGCCCCCGCAGCCGGGAGCCGCGCCGGGGCGGGCGGCCACGUCCCCGCGCCGCGCCGGGCCGCGGGCGAUGUCCGCCGCGGCGGCGGGCGGGCGCAGGGGCGGCCGCCGGGCCUGAGCCUCGGCCUGGGCCUGGGCCUCGCCGCCGCGCCAUGCGGCUCUCGUGCAAGGUGGCGGCCGCGCUGCUGUGCCUCGGCAGCCUGCUGCUGCUCUAUCUGCUGGCGGGCAGCGCCGCCGCCCCGCCGCGCCCGCCGCCCGCGCCCUCCGCGCCCGCCCGCCCCGCCGCGCCGCCCGCCCGCCGCCAGCCGCGCCUCGGCCGCAGCCCGGCGCGCAGGAGCCCGCCCGCCGCCCGCCUCGCCGGCGCCAGGAAGCCUGGAGAACAGAAACAUUCAAAAGAACCUUCAUCUUUGCAAUGCAUGCAUCUAGCCGUUGUGGCAUGUGGGGACCGGCUGGAAGAGACUCUCAUCAUGCUGAAAUCAGCAGUUCUCUUUAGCAGCAGAAGGCUCUGUUUUCAUAUUUUUGCUGAGGAUUCCCUUAAGCCUGAAUUUGAGAAGAAGUUACAGGAAUGGCCUUCCUCAUAUACAAAGAAGUUUGAAUACAACAUUUAUCCAAUAACCUUCUCAGUAGGAAAUGCUCAGGAAUGGAAAAAGUUAUUCAAACCAUGUGCUGCCCAGCGCCUUUUUCUUCCGGUUAUUUUAAAGGAUGUGGAUUCUCUUCUUUAUGUGGACACUGAUGUUCUCUUCCUGAGGCCCAUCGAUGACAUCUGGCACAUCCUGAAAGAGUUCAACUCCACACAGCUAGCCGCUAUGGCCCCAGAACAUGAAAUACCAAAGAUUGGCUGGUAUAGUCGAUUUGCGCGUCACCCUUAUUAUGGGACAACUGGAGUCAAUUCUGGAGUCAUGCUAAUGAAUUUAACCCGGAUACGCAGCACUCAAUUCAAGAACAGCAUGAUACCAUCUGGUUUGACUUGGGAGGAAAUGUUGUAUCCAUUAUACCAAAAGUACAAAAAUUACAUUACAUGGGGAGACCAGGAUUUACUAAAUAUUAUUUUUUACUUUAACCCAGAGUGUCUCUAUGUGUUUCCCUGUCAGUGGAACUACCGGCCUGAUCACUGUAUGUAUGGGAGUAACUGUAAAGGUGCAGAAGAAGAAGGUGUCUCUAUUCUGCAUGGAAAUAGAGGUGUCUACCACGAUGACAAACAGCCUACAUUCAAGGCGCUCUAUGAAGUGAUACGUGAUUUUCCAUUUGAAGACAAUCUCUUUCAGUCUUUGUACUACCCUCUUCAGUCUAAGUUUCUGGAUACAGUGCACACUUUAUGUGGGAGAAUUCCACAAGUAUUUUUGAAGCAAAUUGAGAAAACUAUGAAGAAGGUGUAUGAAAACCGUGUCAUUGUCUACUUGGGAGCCAACCACAGAUACUAAAAGUAGCUAUAUUUUUAUGCAGAGUUUUUCAUUCUUACACCCAGAUAUCAUGAGACACAUAAAUGAAGAGUAUGACCUCUUCUACUUAAACUUGGAAAUAAAGUGUUUUCCUUAUAUAACUUCCUAAUAAGCUUUGAAAUUACAAAAUGGAAGAAAUGCUAAAAGUCCACAUAAACUUUCCUUUUUUAGACUUUUUGUUCACUUCCUACAUUUCUCUCAGUUGUAACAGGGAGAGCUGAUGACUCUCAGUUUUCUUUGAUGAACUUAGUUUGGUUAUUUGUCUACAAACAGCUGUAUUCGCUGUAACUUUUUUUUUUUAAGUUGUGCGAAACUGCGUACUGAUCUUAGGCUUAACAAAGAAGUGACAGUUUGAGCUAUUUAAUACCUAGGUAAUAUAACUCUUAGUGAUUCUUGGGUGUCAGGAGAAUGCCGAGUUACAAAAAAGAUCACUUUUAUGAUAGGAUGAGUUAAAAUUUACUAUGCUAAAAGGAAAAUAUUUGCUUAAAAUUGCACUUCUCUCUGAAGAUUUAGUACCUGCCAUUCUUCACAGGUAGCACCGAAGAUUUCUUGCUUAAAAAAAUUAGGGGAAUGGAAGUGUCUAUUUACUUUGCAUUUUACAGCACUUUUUAUUUAGUGAUUGUCAUUUUUCCUCUCUGCCAUUCAGUUGUUUUGUGAGGGCUUCUCCUAAAGGAAUUAGGAGGAAAACCAUUAAAGCAUAAGUAGGAAAGCAGUAUACAGGAAUUGGGAAGGGGAUGUAGUGGAGGGGGUGGCACCUACAAAGUUAAUUUACUGCAGAAAGAGAAUCCCCUCUUGCAUGGAAUACAGCUAUGGUGUUCACCCUCACCCUUCUUCAGUCUUAAGAACAUAUCCCCUAACUUACUAUUAGUAAUUGCGUUAGAUACAGUGCAAGAAUAUUGUGAAUGAAGAGUACAAAAGCAGAUACUAUUGACCUGUUUUACUCUUUAAUUAAUCCUCUUUAGUUGCUAUUUACUGCACAGUAAUAAUUGUAUGCCACUGAGAACUUUUCUUCCGUCCCUUUGUUGGGUGACUGGGAAUGCUGUCUGUGACCACUUCUUCUAUUUUGCCAAAACCCCCUUGUUCUGUGGCAUAAAAAUGUAUCUCUUCCUGCCGCUUUCAUUCCCUGAAGCAGAGUUUUAUGCUAGGAUUAUAGUGAAUAGCCUCAGAGUGAAAGGACAUACAAGAUGGCUUUGACAUUUAUUUAAAAUACUUAGUUUAGAUUUCAAAAGCAUGGUCAUCAUCUUACGAUAUGUGCAUACUUAGGUAUGCUUGUUAAAACUUGCAAUAGCUAAAAGGUGCUAAGGAGAGGUUAUUGGGGAAUUGGAAGUAAUGGCACUCCUAAGGAGCAGUGAUACAAAAGCAAACUCACAGAAGGUGUUUUCUAAGUGUAAGCCCUGAGGGAUACAUGUAGCUGAGUGCUUAUAGAAAUCAACUGAGAAAAUAACCUUACCUUUCAAGUAGCUGAGUGCUUAUAGAAAUCAGCUGAGAAAAUAACCUUACUUUUCAAGUUCACUCAGGAAAAAAAAAAAAAAAAAAAAAACAUUACUUGGAACGACUUUGCUUAUUAGAUAUAAAAAUGAGUAGGGGAGGGGUGAGGAAGACAAGAUACAUGAAGCCUUUCUCUAAUGAAAGGAAAAUGGCUACAGAUAUCCUGUAUAGGUAUAUAUCCUAUACAGGUAACGUAUGUGGUUAGAGAUAAAUAAUCGAUAUGCAUGGAUGAUGAAAAGGAUGUUUCCUUAGUUGAAAGAGUGGAAUUGCUGAAGAAAUGCAGUUUUGGGGAUGGCUCCCCUUACCAGUCAUGACGUAUGCACAAAUCUCAUAAGAAAACAAUCUCUAGCAGCAACUCCUCUUAGCUCGCACGUACCUCUCUCCUAGUGUGGCAGCUGCCUGCCUGUCUCUUCACCCUGCCGGAGCUCAUAUUGCCAUCAGACCAACAGCAGGAGGGAAAAUACAAGCUUUGCCAGCAUCUCAGGCUGCCAAUAGACAGGCCGUAUAGAGGGUUAAACGCUGACAGAAGCUUUUCCCAAAUACACGGAGUGUGAAAACGUGUGUGACAUAUGCACGAGCACACUGCACAAGGGCCUCAGCACAGCAAGCCGCCCUGCUGGGAACCGGCUGAGGGGUGUAGCUGCCCCGGCAAGAGCUGUGAAUGAGGGGCCUGCGGGCUUGGUCCUGGCCCUAGCGCUUUCACUGUGCGCCUGUGCUAGACCUCACAGGCACGACAGACACACGGCAAUAUCUGGUGUGUGUUUCUGUGGGCUGCAAAGCCUGGUCAGCAAUUUGUGCGUGUUUCUGGCUCAGCCCCAUUAUCGUAUGGUCUUUGCCCUGUCAGUGCAAAUAGACGCACAGAGGACAGGAACAGCUCUGCAGUGGUUUGGAUUGAAAGCCCAGAAGAGCUUCCUAACGGGAACCAGGAACCAGAAACGCAUUUCAACUUCAGUGUAGAUGUCACCAUCUCUCACAGUUUUGAUUGAAGCUUUAGUGGUCACUUAAAAAGAACAGUACAUUCCUAGCUACAGAGAAAAGUUGGAAAACAUAACCCAAAUGAACGUGAAAGACUUCAAAGCCAGAAGGCAAUAAAAGGAAAAUUCAGCAUGCUGUUUCAAAAAGUGCAAGAUAAUGUAAGCCUAAUAUGACAGGUAAACCUUUUAGGCUGGCAAUACCGAGGAGUUGUGAAAAUUUGAGGUUGCUUUUUUCGUUUUUUUAAUAUCAGGAUAAAGCCAGUCACAGGUCAAGUGAGGACAGAUGAGGCACACGCUGGGCACUUCAAGUGCCUCAUCUCUUUGGUAUCUACAGGCCACAGAAAGUUGCAGGCAAAAGUCUUGUUACCCAGAUGGUUGUGACUCUAGUGCUAAGUCUCUGAAGUUGAGUGGGCUGUGGUUGCCCUGAAACUAUGGGCAUGUUAUAAUGAAGGAGUGGAAUUCAUUACAAAACAAAGGCAGUAUUACAUAUAAAAUUAUUAGAGGUUAAAACAAUGCUUUUUAUGUUUACAGGAGGUGCUAUAUUAUUUUUAGAACUGUAUUAUGUUCUUAACAGCUAUUAAAAUAUAUGAAAUAUAUGCUUUAACAUGAAGACUUCUGUUAAUGUAAUAUCAAAUUGCAGGAAUAAUGGGGGGAGGGUCCCCCAUACUGUGCUUUUUCUGAGAAAAAAGCUGUAAUUUGAUGUCUCCAAAGUAUUUUUAAAUAAUUAUAUAAUUUUGAUUUUUCCAUUCAUUAGAAUUAAUUUAUAUUUUAUCACAGCUUCCAAUAUCAUGUUAUAUUUCAGUUUUAACAAUAGUUGAUUCUAAUAUUAAUCUUCUUUAGAAAACAGCUGUAUUUCAUACUCGUGGCUAAUUCUUUGUUAAUUAGCCUUCAUUUAUUUUAUUAAUGGGAUAUGUAAAUACUUAUAUAGACUUUAUAUCCUUUUUUUUAACCCUUCCUCUUAUGUAUUUUAGUUAUUUCCAAUGGCAUAACAUAACCAAAACACCUUUGUUAAUGUAACACAUUGAGCAAUGUCAUCAUAACAUAGGGGAGAGCACCAAAUAGUUUUCUGUAAAUGAAUAUAAACUGUGGCACCCUAAAUGUGUUGAUAACAGAGGAAAAGAAUCACCUUUCAUGUUGAGAAAGAAGUAGUAGAGUAUAGCCCAAAGAACUGUGCCCUGGUUAUUUGAACGUAAGUCCUAACCCAGCAGAUGCUUGAUACUCUGAAUUUUACCUGUGUAGUCAGUAGGCAUAUAUGCAAUGCAUAAAGUUAAGCAUGUACCCAGGUCCUUGCUGUAUCAGCGUCAAAUAUUCAGGUUUUAAAUUUGCUAUAUUAUACUUGAAUUUGCUGAAGAUGGAUAAAUAGGGGCCUUGUAUUAAGAGCUGCUGAGCACCUCCUUUUAGCCCAAAGCCAUUUAAGAGAGCAUCAGGCUACAGAUGCACGUUGUAGAACAAAGAACUGCCAGGAUGGGAAGCAUUUGGUUGCAUCGUUUGUAUAAUAUGAGACCUUUUUUAGGCUAUUUAGCCACAUAUUAUGAAGUGGGCUUAGAUAGCUUUGCUAUCAUUUCUCUUUUUUUACAGAUAGAAACUGGAAACUGUUGUGUGGAUGUGUUCAUGCAUGCGUGUGUGUGUGUGUACACCUACACAAUAAAAGUGUACGUGUAAGAAUUAUGUACCAUUUCUGUAUCAUUUAAUUGCUUGUAUAUUUUUAUUUGACAAUUUGUUUAUAGCUCCCAAGGAGGCACAGCAGUGCAUUUUUAUGUUGAUUAAGAUCCUUUGGCUUACCGUACAAAUAAAUGAAAUUUUAAGCAAA